AUGCCUAAAUUGGAGGAGUUCAUUAGGUAUCAAGAAGAGUUGUUAGACAAUCUAAAGAGUGGAGAAAAGAACUUCAAGAAAACACCUAAAGAUCGAAUUAAACGGCCUUAUUUAGAAACUAGACUUGAAGUCCUCGAGCAACAGUUUAAAGAUUUUAAAAACGGACAUAAAACCAAUAUGGGCAUAAGCACUAGCUCAUGGAACGUCAUUAUUGUGUUUUUAGUAACUUCAAAGUUGGACACUGAGUCUAUGAAACAGUGGGAGCAGCAUCUAAAUAGCUUCGGCAGUGAACUACCUACAUGGGAUCAAUUACGAGAAUAUUUGGAAUAUAGAUUUAGGUCAUUAGAGAUGAUUGACACUAAUGCGUCUCGCGCAACACAGGCAUCUAAACCUGUAGUAAAAGCUAAAACGUUUCAUACGUCAAUUGAACAAAAAAAUAAAACCAGUGACGUCGACUGUGCUAUGUGCCAUGAGAACCACUACAUUUAUUACUGCAAGCAAUUCGGGCUCAUGACGCCCAAGCAACGACAAGAUUUUGUACAAAACAAUAAACUGUGUUUUAACUGCCUGUCGCCUACUCAUUCGGUACUGAAAUGUCGGCAGUCAUUGAGUUGCAGGAAAUGUGCAAGGAGACAUCACACCUUACUACAUUUUGAGCGAGAAAGUAAAGAGAAGAACCAGGAGAACAGAGCAACAGGCGAAGUAGCGGCGCUGUCGUCACCGAGUGGAACCACACACGAGACACCGAGCACGUCACGAGCAAACAAGGUUAGCGUGCCAGAGUGGUCAGAUAUUGGAAAUCUACCUUUAGCUGAUCCGACAUAUACAACUCCAGGUAAAAUUGAUAUCCUUCUGGGUGCAGAGGUGUAUGGCAAAAUAUUGCUAGAUGGAAUUUUCAAACAAUCAGAAGGAAGCUUAAUAGCACAGAAUACUAUCUUUGGAUGGAUUUUGUCUGGAAAAACAGUGAGUGGAUUUGAAGCGGAAACAAAAGCCAAUUUCACUAGCAUGCACGUACAAAUUAAUGAAGAUGAAUUAUUGAAGAAGUUUUGGGAAAUGGAGAAUGAGCCUAACAUGAUUAAAAACGAGAUGACCAAGAGUGAGAAACAAUGUGAAGAUUUCUUUGAUUCAACAACAGUGAGAGAUGACCUAGGCAGAUUCGUAGUAAGAUUACCAUUCGCCACAGAAGACCCUAAAAGUCAAUAUGGUCAUUCGAAGGAGAUAGCUAUAAAGAGACUAGAGAUUUUAGAGAGAAAAUUGCAGAGAGAGCCCAACCUUAGAGAUGAGUAUAAUAAGGUUAUGGAAGAGUACUUGAGUUUAAAUCACAUGAGACCUGUCAGAGCGAUUGAGUUACAGAAUCCAAAAGCAGUAUAUCUUCCUCAUCAUGCCGUAGUUAGGGAAGAUAAAGAGACCACAAGGGUGAGAGUCGUCUUCGAUGCGUCGAGCAAGGGAGAUAAUGACUUUUCCCUGAACGAUGACCUUCUUGUUGGACCAAAAUUACAACAAGACUUGAGACACAUUUUAAUGAGAUGGAGAAGUCACAAGGUGUGUGUUGUGGCAGAUAUAAUUAAAAUGUACAGAAUGGUUCGUGUUGCUGAGGAAGAUACUGAUUUUCAGAGAAUAGUAUGGAGAUUUAAUUCAGGUGAGCCUAUACAACAUUUUAAACUAUUGAGACUGACGUUUGGGACAGCCUGUGCGCCGUAUUUGGCUGUGAAAUCGUUACAAAGACUUGCCGAGUUGGAACAAGCAAAGUAUCCAUUGGCUGCGAGAAUAACAAAACAAGAUUUUUACAUGGAUGAUUUAAUUACAGGAGCGGAAACGGAAACUGAUGCAUUAAAUAUAGUUGAUGAGAUGAACAAGUUAAUGAAAGCCGGUGGAUUUGAACUUCAAAAAUGGAAUAGCAACUGUGAAACAUUACUACAGAAAUUUGGAAGAAGUAAAGAGCGAGAUAAUCAGUCAGUGCACAUAAAAUUAAAUAAAUCAAUGAAGGUUCUUGGCGUGACUUGGAACAGGGAGAAUGACAACUUUGAAUAUACGCUCAAUCUAUCUGAAUUUAAAGAGCCAAUCACAAAGAGACGAGUACUCGCGGAUGUAGCGAGAUUGUAUGAUCCACUGGGAUGGAUUGCUCCAGUGGUAGUCGUUGCCAAAAUGUUUAUCCAGAAACUAUGGAAAUCGGGUCUUAAGUGGGACGAUUCCUUGACGAAGGAUUUAUUGAAUGAGUGGGUGAUAUACAGAGAUGAAUUGGUCGAUCUAAAGCAGCUAACAAUACCAAGAUGGUUAAAUGCUUUGCGGAGUUCCAAAAGAGAGUUACACGUCUUUUCAGACGCUUCGAAGUCAGCCUUUGCGGCAGCAGUGUACGUUCGAGUCAUUGAUGAAUUAAACAAUGUACAUGUACACUUAGUAACAGCCAAAACGAAGGUCGCCCCUACUGAAAAGGAAAUAUCAAUCCCGAGACUUGAGUUGUGUGCAGCAACAUUAGGAGCUAAACUCAUAUUUGAAGUCGCACAGGUGAUGGAGAUACCUAAGGAGAAUUUGUACGGCUGGACGGACUCCACCAUUGUACUAGCUUGGCUCAAAGGAGGUUCAUCUCGUUGGACUACAUUUGUGAGUAACCGAGUGUCCACAAUAUUAAAUACUAUGGAUGUUGAGCAAUGGGAUCAUGUACCAACUGAGUGUAACCCUGCGGAUUGCGCAUCUAGAGGUUUACAACCCAAGGAACUACUGGAUCAUCCAUUAUGGUGGAGUGGUCCGCAGUGGCUAGCAAAACCUAAACUAGAGACAACCAACAUGACUGUGGAAGAUACACACGAGGAGGAAAGACUCACAUCUUUGACUGUUUUAUCCCACAUUAAUGAGGAAUCAUCAAUUUGGUUGCGGUUUUCGUCAUUGUCUAGAUUGUUAAGGGUUAUUUCAUACUGUAGAAGAGUAUUAAAUUUCAAAUUGCCAAAAAAUAAGAGAUUAACAUUACCAAUUUUUGUAACUUCAGAGGAAAUAAAUAAUACUUUACUUUCAUGCAUUAAACAGGUUCAAAAUUGCGAGUUUUCGGUAGAAAUAGAACAGUUAAAGAGUAGAGGAGUUGUACCUAGGAAAAGUAGCCUUCGCACACUUUGUCCUUUUUUCGAUGAAAACGGGACAUUAAGAGUGAGUGGACGAAUCGUACAGUCGGACACAUCUUACGAUACGAGACAUCCAAUAAUUGUGCCUGCUAAAAAUCAUUUUACCAAGCUUAUAAUUGUUGAUGCUCAUCAUCGAACAUUACAUGGCGGUCCCCAAACUAUGCUAAACUUCUUGAGAGCCAAAUACUGGAUUUUACAUGCCAAGGAUCGUGUCAAGAAGAUCUACAGAGAAUGUACAACAUGCUUGAGAUAUUCGACGAAGAAGUCUACACCACUAAUGGGACUCCUUCCUGCAGCGAGACUUAAACCGAGUAAACCAUUUAAGUCUACAGGAGUGGAUUACUGUGGUCCCAUUAAUAUAAGGUUCUCACCGGGCAGAGGAGCAAAAUCGUAUAAAGGUUACAUAUGCCUGUUCGUGUGCAUGGUAACCCGUGCAAUCCAUCUCGAAGCAGUUACGGACUUGACAGCCAAAGGUUUCAUUGCAGCCUUCCGUCGUUUUACUGCUCGAAGAGGUCACUGUCAAGAUUUAUAUAGCGACAACGGUACUAAUUUCAUCGGUGCAGAUAGAGAAAUGCGAAACAUGUUUAAUAGUGCCAAGUCAUCACUACCUGAUGAAAUAGCGGCUUUGCUCACGUUGGAGCAUACAACAUGGCACUUCAUACCCCCUCACGCACCCAAUUUUGGAGGGCUUUGGGAAGCGGGAGUACGUAGCACCAAGGGACAUUUACGUAAGGUAGUGGGAAACAACACCCUUACUUAUGAGGAGAUGGCGACAGUCCUGGCGCAAGUGGAAGCAUGUUUGAAUUCACGGCCUAUAACGUUACUGAGCGAUGAUCCAAACGAUCCUCUCCCCUUGACACCGGGUCACUUUUUG